CGCGGCUGCAGCGCCGUCCAGCCAAUCACAGCGCUCGGUCCAGAUUUUCCACGUAGCACAGAAACGUCGUGUCUCUAACCUGGAGGAUUUCAGAUCGAGUUCUUCUACAACACAGUUAAUAUAAAUAAUCUGUAGAAUAUCAGAGUGUGUGUGUGAGGUUUAAGUUUAGUGAGGGAAAGUAGCUUUAAAACUGUCCUGAGUUGAAUAGUUCGUUUUUAAUAAGACUCGAGCUGUUCUGUACUGUUAUGGCCGGGAGGAAAUCAGCUGCUGGAGUUCCUAGAUGGGAAACAUGGGUCCGAGUCCUGCUGUGUUCUGCAGGAUUAAUUUUGUCUCUUUAUGCUCUGCAUGUGGAGCUGUCGAAGGAAAACAACCCGAGUUACAGAGCCAUGUGUGAUCUGGCUGAAUCAGUGAGCUGCUCCAAAGUCUUCACCUCCAGGUGGGGACGUGGAUUCGGACUCGUCCAGGUCUUUACUACUAAGGACAGCACUUUCAACCAACCCAACAGUGUGCUGGGCAUCAUCUUUUAUACGCUGCAGCUGGCACUCGGUCAGAGCACGUCCAGCACGGCAGCAGGUUUCCUGGUCUUUGCAUCCUGGGUGUCUGUAGUUGGUUCGAUCUAUUUGGGGACUAUUCUGGUGUGGGUACUGGAAGAUUUCUGUGUGGUCUGUGUGUCCACGUACAUCAUCAACUUUGCUCUGCUGUACACCAACCUCAGGAGAAGAAUCGGACUCAAAGGAAAGCAGGAGAAAGAGAAGACUGGAUAAAAAGAAUAAAAACUCUUUUAAUCAGUGUUAGAAUGUGUGUCGUUUACAAGAAAACCAGAACAUAUUUUGGUGAAAGCAAGAAAAACCAAAACAAAUACAAGGAGAGUAAAAUGUAGUGAUGUGUUAGUAAUGAUGUGUUUGAUUUCUUUGCAUUCCGAGCUUUCAGUCCAGUGUGUUUAUAUUAGGAAUGUAGAAGCCUGUUGCCUGGAAGUAUUAUAAUUUACUUUUAAUCUUUUGCAGUUUUUUAAAUAAAACAUUUAUUAGAAAAGCAA